AUGCUCGCGCUUAUAUUAUCCAGUUUUGGCGCCAUCGUGCAGUCGUGGUACAUAAUUCCAGCUACCGCUGCGUCAAUACUGCUUGGAAUCAUCAUUCAUGACUGGAUUCUCUCUCUGCGCAUGCCCCCAGGGCCGCGGCCACUCCCCUUCAUCGGCAACAAACCUCUGAUCCCGACAUCUUCGCCAUGGAUCCAAUUCGAAAAAUGGUCGCGAACAUACGGGCCAAUAUUCACACUCUGGAUUGGCAGGCGACCAACAGUCAUCAUCUCUGACCCAAAUGUCGCCGUCGAUCUGCUCGAAAAGCGAAGCAACAAAUACAGCUCUCGGCCGCGGUUCGUCGUCAUGGGCGAGCUGUACUGGGAAAACGCGAGCAUUCUCGUGCAGCCGUAUGGCAGAGAAUGGCAGAUUCGACGCAAGCUGUUGCAUCAAGCCUUGAACCCGUCCGCGUUGCGCGUGUACAAGCCCGUCCAGGAAGCAGAGGCAACGAGGUUGUGCUAUCAGUUGUUGUCCCGGCCAGACGCGUUUGAAGGAAUUAUGGAUCGGUUUACGGCGAGUGUGGUUUUUAGUAUUGCGUAUGGUCAUCGGAUCGACUCGAUGAAUGCAAAUAUUAUUCGCCAGCGGCUGGACUUUAUGCAAUACUCCGCCUCGCUUAAUGUGCCCGGACAGUAUCUGGCUGAAAGUAUACCAGCGCUAAAAUACGUGCCAACCAUUUUUGCUCCGUGGAAACGAGCUAUUCAAGCAAAGGGGCGCGUUGAGGCCGAUGCCAACAUGUCGCUGGUCCGCGAGGUACGAAAUGAGAUGGCAACGAAGAAAGACCUGCCGGAUUCAUUGACAAAACUUCUUCUCCAAGCCCGCGAUGAAGAUCCGGCGUCCUUUUCCCUGCUCAGCGAAAAGGACUUUUCAUUUAUUCCCGCGUCUUUGUUUGGAGCCGGGAGCGACACGACGGCGAGCACACUGUGCAGCGGAAUUUUGAUGUUGAUCACAAACCCGAUUACUCUCCAAGCAGCACACGCGGAGCUCGAUGCAGUUGUUGGCACGGAUCGGUUUCCAACCUUUGAUGACAAAAAGUCACUACCAUAUAUCGAUGCUCUAUGCAAUGAGAUUCUCCGUAUCCGCCCGGUUGCCGUCUUGGGUGGAACACCACAUGCCAACUCCGAGUCAGAUACAUACCGGGGAUACUACAUCCCAAAGGGAACAAACAUCCUGUCCAACUCAUGGGCCAUUAACCUCAACCCGCGCUACUAUCCAAACCCGCACCAUUUUAACCCUCUUCGAUUCUUGCCGGAUUCUGUGCCGCCUAGUUCACUGGAAUACCUGCCAAAGAGCUAUGUUGAAUCCACGCCACAGGAAAAAGGGGAGCCACACCCGUCCAAAGACGGACACAGUUCGUUUGGAUGGGGACGACGAAUCUGUCCGGGAGCGGGACUAGCUCAAAACUCACUGUUUAUCGCUGUCGCGAAGAUGCUGUGGGCAUUCGAUAUCUUGCCGUACACGGAAGCAGAUGGGUCAACGAGGAGUGGCAUGGCGCACACCGAUGUAGCGGAUGGCGAGAGCCCCGAUGUAGUCCGCGCAGAUGAGACGAGCGAUUCGGUGGUAGAGAAAGAAGUGCAACAUGUCACACGCGAUCUCGAAAGUGGCUCGGCGCCAUCAGAAAAGGCCGACAAGCCAGACGAGGCUCAAACAGAGCCUCGCGAUCCAAACCUGGUCGACUGGGAUGGACCGGACGACCCAAAAAACCCAAUGAACUGGACGCUCAAGCGGAAGCUGAUAAUCACAAGCUGUAUCUCAAUCAUCACGCUGUUGACACCGCUGGGCUCGUCCAUGUUCGCACCCGGUGUACCCCAGGUCAUGAGGGAUUUCAAGUCGGAUAACAUCUACUUGGCUUCCUUCGUCGUGUCUGUCUAUCUGCUUGGCUAUAGUUUCGGGCCACUGUUGAUUGCUCCGUUGUCGGAAAUGUACGGCCGCGCACCUCUCUAUACGGCCUGCAACUUCCUCUUCACCAUCUUCAAUGUAGCUUGUGCCCUUGCACCCAACAUGGCGGCCCUGAUAGUUUUUCGGCUUUUCGCCGGACUAGCAGGAAGUUGCCCGUUAACGAUAGGGGCUGGCACCCUUGCGGAUAUGAUUCCGCCAGAACGGCGAGGUGCUGCUAUGUCCGCAUGGGCACUGGGACCUCUUCUGGGACCUGUCAUCGGUCCGGUUGCGGGUGGAUACCUUACACAGGCAGCAGGAUGGCGGUGGACCUUUUGGGUGUUGGCAAUUGCGGGAGGCGUAGUGAGCAUUCUAACAGUCGUGUUCAUGCGCGAAUCUUACGCCUACGUUCUUCUCGACCGCAAAGCCAAGCGACUACGAAAAGAAACAGGCAACCCAGACCUACGUUCCGUCCUAGAUACAGGAAAAUCGCCUCGUGAUUUGUUCGCUUUCUCCAUCGUGCGCCCAACAAAGAUGCUCUUCCUGUCUCCGAUUGUGUUCCUUCUGUCGCUUUAUGUUGCCGUCAUUUACGGCUAUCUAUAUCUAUUGUUUACCACAAUGACCACCGUCUUUGAGGACAACUACGGCUUUUCGCAGGGAUCCGUAGGCCUGGCUUAUUUGGGUAUUGGCGUUGGAUCGCUGAUUGGGCUAUUCACUCUCGGACUCGUGUCGGAUCGUCUUCAGCAUUAUCUUACCAAGAAGAACGGAGGCGUGCCCAAGCCUGAGUAUCGGCUUCCGCCCAUGAUAUUUGGCGCGUGGUUCAUCCCGCUUGCUCUGUUCUGGUAUGGAUGGACGGCUGAGAAGCAUUAUCACUGGAUUUUGCCUAUCUUGGGGACCUCCUGUCUCGGAAUAGGAAUGUUGAUGGGAUUUAUGUGCACGUCAACAUACCUCGUCGACGCAUACACAAUCUACGCCGCCUCUGCAAUAGCCGCCAACACCGUCUUUCGCUCUUUGCUCGGAGCAUUGCUGCCGCUUGCCGGAAAUAAAAUGUAUGCCACACUGGGUCUUGGCUGGGGGAACUCGGUUCUCGGUUUUAUUGCGCUUGCUCUCGCUCCCUUGCCGUUGAUAUUUUACAACAUCGAGCCCUGGGGCCCCAAUGCCGUCCGCGUCCGGGCAACGCACCUGCCGGAAUUCCCUCACAAUCACGAUUGGGCUCUCUCGCCGGAUCUCAAACCUUAUUCUUCACCAUCAACAACUCUCAUAACCGAUGAAGAUGGAGGCGGCAGUCUCACCAACGGCGCCAUCCGCGCAACCAUCUCAGCGCGCGGCAAACUCACCAUCCACAACACGAACACCGGAAAGCUGCUUCUCGAAGAAUACAUGCGCAACCGCAACGACCAGCUGGACCCAAAAUGCUCGGCGCUGAACAUUGAAGCGCGUGAAUUCAAGCCCCAUGCCGGGCGGGAUGAUUACCAUCUCACGCUCCGACUGGAAAGCGUGGAUUCCAAGGAGAAGAUUUAUGGUAUGGGGCAAUAUCAGCAGCCGUUUUUGGAUCUCAAGGGGAUCGAUCUUGAGCUUGCGCACCGUAAUUCGCAGGCAUCUGUGCCGUUUGCGGUCUCGUCGUUGGGGUAUGGGUUUCUGUGGAAUAACCCUGGUAUCGGCCGUGCCGUGUUGGGGAAAAAUGUCAUGUCGUUUGAGGCAUACUCAACAAAGGUACUGGACUACUGGAUCGUGGCCGGGGAGUCUCCAAAGGAUAUUGUGGAGGCAUAUGCAGAUGUCACGGGCAAAGUGCCUAUGAUGCCUGAAUAUGGACUUGGGUUUUGGCAAUGCAAGCUUCGGUAUCAGACGCAGGAUGAGUUGCUCGAAGUGGCAAGAGAAUAUCGCAGACGAAAGCUUCCGAUUGAUCUAAUUGUUAUUGAUUUCUUCCACUGGCCACUGCAGGGAGAUUGGAGAUUUGACCCUGUCUAUUGGCCAGACCCAGACGCAAUGAUCAAGGAACUCAACUCCCUGAAAAUCGAGCUCAUGGUUUCUAUCUGGCCCACAGUCGAUACACGCUCGGAGAAUUACGAGGAAAUGCGAGAAAAGGGAUACCUCAUCCGCGCAGACCGCGGAAUUCGCACAGCAAUGAACUUCCAAGGCGAAACCGUGCAUUUCGACGCCACACACCCUGGUUCGCGAAAAUACAUAUGGGACAAAGCCCAGAAAAACUACUUUUCCAAGGGUAUUCGAGUGUUUUGGCUCGAUGAAGCUGAACCUGAGUACACUGCGUAUGAUUUUGACAACUAUCGGUAUCACCUCGGCUCGAACGUGACGAUAGGGAACAUCUAUCCCAAGGAAUACGCACGAGCGUUCUACGAGGGACAGACAGCUGCAGGACAGAAGAAUGUCGUGAAUCUCUUACGCUGCGCAUGGGCUGGAUCCCAAAAGUAUGGAGCGUUGGUAUGGAGUGGCGAUAUUGCCUCUAGUUGGGAAUCGCUUCGCUGUCAGCUUGCUGCUGGUCUAAACAUGGGUAUUUCAGGCAUCCCGUGGUGGACGACUGAUAUCGGUGGCUUCCACGGUGGAGAUCCCACGAAGGAGCCCUUUAGAGAGCUCCUUGUGCGUUGGUUUCAAUGGGGUGCCUUUUGCCCUGUUAUGAGGCUGCAUGGAGAUCGCGAGCCAAAACAGCCACAGCUCGGAACGACUGGGGGUGCAACUUGCCUAUCCGGGGCACCGAAUGAAGUGUGGUCGUAUGGUGAGGCGGUGUACGGUAUUUGCGUCAAGUAUCUAAACAUUCGCGAACAGCUACGUGACUAUACGCGGGGGUUGAUGAAAGAGGCCCAUGAAAAGGGGACACCGGUAAUUCGACCACUGUUUAUCGAGUUCCCAGAUGAUGUCCAUGCAUGGGAGAUCGAGGAUCAGUAUCUGUACGGGUCGAAAUAUCUCUGUGCGCCGGUGUUGUAUCCAGGCCAGAAGACGCGCUCUGUCUACUUGCCACGAGGAACGUGGUCGUUCUUCAAAGAUGGGGCUAUCGCCGGUGAUCAGGGAGAGACUUUUGAGGGAGGAAGGACAGUCGAUGUUGACUGCCCUGUUGAAAUGAUGCCGGUGUUUAUCAGGCAGUAG